AUGCCUAUUCAAGAGCCGCCAAGUACCGGUGAAAAGACGCCUGUGAGGCAGAAUGCGGAGGAGAAACAGAGGUUGAAGGAGGAGGUAGUGCUUCAAUCAACUCCGGGUUGGAGAAGCGAUGAGCGUACUAAACUGAAGAGAUUGCCGAAGGAACCUGAACAAUUGAAGUCUUAUCUGAAGGAGUUGAGUUCUGUUUUAGUGAAUUUAAGUGAUACUUAUGAGGCGCCUGAUAGUGGGAAUGAUAGAUUAGAAGUGGAGGGAAUUGUUGAUGGAGACAAAAGUCGUGUUUUGAACCUUUCUCAAGAUGUAUUUUCCAGUCUGAGGGGGUAUAAUGAGAGGAAAAUACGACGGCUUAAUAGUUCUGCGCCAAUAGUUAUCGAUAAAAAUGAAGAAUCUAAGGUUGGUUUAUCUUUGAGGUCUUCAGCUUCUGAACAUGGCUUGCUUGAUAUUGGUAAACAGGCUAUCUAUGAUGUGGAAAAUGACUUGGAACUAAAUGCUAUUUCUUCUUAUUCUUAUUCUGAUGAAGACGGUGAUGAUGAUGAUGAUAAUUAUAGUGGCGGUAUGGGUAACAGUAGGAAUGAAACAGGUAUCGAUGCAACGUCAACAAAAUCCGACUUGAAUGGGGAAGGCGUACAGCCCCUACCAAUGGCAGUAUUGAAAGGCCUGGUGGCAACUACAAUUAAUAAAGAGAACUACAGUUUGCCACGAGAAUCUUUGAAGAUUUUUCAAGAACUAUCACUGUCACUUCUUGAAUCUGUUGCAAGAGAGCUAAAGUAUCUUACUAAAGAAGGACAUUCUUCAGUACUGGAUCGUUCGAUGUUGCUUCAGAUUUAUGAAAACCACCAUCUCAGAUAUCAUGGUACAUUAACUAACAAGGACUUGUUUCGGUUAUGCCAGCAGCAUCUUCCAUUAGAAGCUUUGAAUUCUAUAGAAAUUGCACUUUUUGGUAAUCAAUAA